ACAUUUAAAUGUCGAGCCGAGAGUUCCUGUCGUCGACGUAGCUUUUUUAUAUGCGUGCUGUCUGCUGCAUAUGAAUUUUAGGCUCGGCUCUUUCUGAAUAUUUCGGGAUUAUAAAUGCAUAUAAAUGAUAUUAAUGUAAAGAGUUUGCGAUUUCACGAACAUUUUGACAUUCAUACACAUGUAACUAGUUUUUCAUUUGCUGCGCAUUGAUAGCAUUGCAUUAUACAUUUGUAUAAAAACAUUGUAUGAUUAUCAAAUACUUGACUUCUAUUCGUCGUGAAUCACGCUUCUUAACUGCAUAGCUGACACACUACCGAUGCAAGAAAGUCGAUUGACUUUUAAACAGAUAAAUUUGAAACGUGCAUCCCAGUAGAAGUUCUAAGGAAAGUUCUUUAAUCCCAAGCGUCUACAAGAAACAGAUGUCGCUGAGACAUUUCUUUGGGACGCUUGCUGCGCGGAACUUCUAAUCGGAACAAAGAUGUGAAGUUUAAUUGAAAUACAAAUAGAAUCAUUUCUUUGCAGAGAUAAGAAAUUCGUGGGAAGUAAUAGUUUCAAACACUUUAAGCUGGUGAAAAUAAAUAAUAAAAAAGACACAUUCACACUAUUGAACGCUUUGUGUUUUUAUUUUGGAUCGUUUACGUUAAUCUUUAAUUUUCGAGCGCAAUUUUUUUUUACUUUUGACGAAUAAGAAAAUGGAAAAUAUGUGGAAAUUUGGAAUUCUUGGACUUUUGAUGGCAAUUAAUAUGGAUUUAAUAAAUGCAGCACCGUUCAAGUUCGAGCAGACGAGAGCUCGAUGGGAGGACGCCAACGAUGUGUGUCAGAGUUCCGGUAGCCUUCUGUUUCCCGGCCGCAGCUUCCAAAAAAAAGUCUUGCAGAAGAUGCUCAUCGACGGCGAGAGCGUCUGGUUGUACGGAUGGCGUGCGGUCACGGACCCAAGUGAAGAUGGGACCGGAAGAGUGAAGACCCUCAAAGUAGACUUCGCUAAAUCGGACAAAAAGGAGUAUUCCAUAGUAUGCCAGCGCUUAGCAGACAAUUCUUUCUUUGUACCGGAUCAGACCGCCCUGACAGAGAACGCGGCGACGUUGUGCGCCUCGCAAGGUGGCGCUCUGGCGAAUGUGUCGAACGGCGCGGGGAUGAGAGACGUCAUAGAUAUGAUAGCUGUAGACUUUCCGCACAGGAUGGGCCAGAUUACGUCUGAUGGUUUUGCGAAGCAUUGCCUCAGAGCCAAGCGGGUCAACGACGACAUAGACUAUGAUUACGACGACUGCAACAAGGAGUUUAGGUUCACUUGUCUAAGGGAUGAAGACGCUGUAAAAUCCUUUCCUGCACUCAUUGUGAUAAAGAUGACAGCCAAAAGCGAAGUUGCUGCCGUUAUUAAAGACUUACAACAAAGUCAGGCCACAACACAGAAACAAGAGCAGACAACCAUCCCCUCAACACCCUCAACCACAACCACAACUCCAACCACCAUUACUACACCCGUUACUACAACCACAACUGUAACCAUCACCACUUCCGCAUCCACCGCUACUUCACCAUCCACAGCAACCACCACCACCUCCGCAUCCACCACUACUUCACCCUCCACCACAACCACCACCACCUCCGCAUCCACCACUACUUCACCAUCCACCACAACCACCACCACUUCCGCAUCCACCACUUCUUCACCAUCCACAACAACUACCACCACAUCACCCUCCACCACAACAACAAUAGCAACCACUAGUACAGUGACAACGACAACAGCUUCAAUGGCAUCAGCACUGGAAUCAGCUACAGACCAAGCAACACCUGAAAUAACGAAAGAAGAAUUUCCGGAGUCAACUUCAACACAAAUAACUCAUGAAUCAACUACAGAAAAAGAAGUAAAGAAACCAACUACAGACAAUAUUCCAUCUGAAUUAGCUACAGAAAUAGUAUCAACUGAACAACCUACAGAAAUUUCAACACCUGACGUAGUCAACGAAAAAGAAACAGCUGCAAACUCUGUUAUUGUUACAGAUGAGUUUCCGAUUGCAAUUUACGACGACCCGAAAAAAUCAGUCACUGAAUCGACAGCAGAAGCUACAGUGUCCGAAUCCGUUGACAGCAAUACGUCAAUUUACAUUGUAGAUGUACAAUCUUCUUCGUCGUCAACCUUUUCAGAUGAUAAAACUGCUACACAGGCUUUAACGAUUCCAUUAGAUUCUUCACCAGCUUCUUCGUCUACUGAUUCGAUUAUCGCUGCUUCACAUAUGGUGCAUACUAAAAGUGAAACAGAAAAAGUUUCGAUAACAGUUGAUCCAGACCUUGUUGACGAUACAACUACUGGUGUUAAUGUAUACCCAUCUACCAUAAUUUAUGAUGCUGUUGAUAUUGACUCGGAACCUGAUGUAGUUACUAAAAAAAGUAACGUUGUUGCUGCCACUCCGCGUCCGGUCGAAAUGUCUACAAUUAGUAAUACUCACGUAGACAAGUCCUCAAAAGCAGCAACGUCUCCUGAAGCCGAUAUCGAGAGAGAAGAUGUUGUCGUGACAUUAGAUACGACCACACCAGGAAGGGGCAUGUACUCUUCAACAGCAAUAUAUGACGAUGGUCCCGAUGUUAAACUCGACGAUGAUGGUGAAGAGGAAGGUGAAGAUAAGGAGACCAAUGAAACCAAUGAAGCGGUGUUAGCUGACUCGUCAUCAUCGUCAAAUAAAUUUGGUUUGGAGUCGUCCCUGUGGGUGGCGUUCAGUAUUCUCGUUGUAGCAGUUAUUAUUUCCAUUAUAGUGGCAAUUUAUCUAUAUAGAAGGCGAAAAACACAGAAAUCUAAGGACCUUCCGGCAGUUGCAGAAAACGGAAGUGCAGCGCCUGCGGCGGCACCAGAAGGAGCGGUUGAGCUGCGUGAAAGUCCGAUUCGCAACUCCCCGCCGAGGGAUUCCGCCACAUUUAAAGAUGCCGCGUACGAUAUUUAGCAAAGCACAAGUAUACUAUUAUGAAUAAUGUAGUCAACGAUUGGUAGAAAACGUGCCUUAACUUCUGAUACUAGUGAAAGUAAGUGGAAAAUUUGCUUAAAUUUAGAUACUGGCGCCAACGCCAAAUCCGUUACUACUUUAAGUUAUGUAACGGGUUAAAUAAUGGACUUAAAUAACAAAGGAACGUGCAAUAGAAGCGUGAAAUUUCUCAGCCGUUGGUCAUAAAUAUAUGUAUUCAAACUUGUAAGAUACCAUUAAGCAAGUGCUAUUCACUUAGCAACACCAAGAUGUUUCCCUAAUGUAUGGAUGAUAAUGUGGGUUCUGUAUAUCUCGUAUAUAUGCCACGUGAGAUUGGACAGUCUUCUAGUGGGUCAAAUGCUACCGUUUAAUGCAACUGGUGAGCCAACAUAGUGAUGUGCACCUUAACAUCACUAGAUAAGGGAAAGCACUUUAUAGUUUCUCAUCCUGACGGUAGUGAGCAAACACUUGUGCUAUAUUGAAGCCACUUUUAAUUUACAAUUUGUAAAGAGUGGGUGUCAUUUCUGGGCUAUUUACGUAUUAAAACUCAAAAGUGAAUAUAAAUUGGAAAAACCCACAUGGUGUGGAAAAAAAUAAGUGAAGGUUCUUUAAGAAUUCGUGAAACUGUGCAGAAAUUCGCAAAACUACUGUUAAUAUGUGUUUUCUUUCCUAUACCGGUGACCUUAUGGACACAGUCGUUUCAUAAAUAUAUAGGAUCUUCCAUGAGUGGUCGUUUCGUAUUUAAUACAAGAUGACCACGAAUCUAAGAUACUGUUUAUAACAUGACCAACAAAUUUUCUUUUUAUUUUAUGCUCUUUUCACCGUUUAUUCAAAUUGUAAAGGAGUUUAACGGAAGAAAUUCGCUUGAAUAAUGACGUCAUUUCGUCUAAAAAAUGACGUCAUUUCACAAUUAUAUAACUAGUGUUAUGACACCCGUUUAAUAAACACAAUUGAGCAUUACGUUAUUUCACUCCUGGAGCGUAGGUCAUGUUAAAAAUUAUGAUACAGCACAGUAUACAAUGUCUUUGUUAUGUACGUGUAUCCAUUUUUGUAGUUUAAUUGUGUGUGUAAUUUUCUAGUUUCAAUACAUGAAAAUAUUUUUUCGUUUCUAAAUAAUUGAUCGAUCUUAAAAAAAUGAAUUAUCCACAUUAUUAACCCCAGACGUGUUUCUAGGAGUAGCACAAGUUUUGUUAUGUUUGCUUUGAGAUUCUAUUAAAAAACAUAUAAAGUAAGUUAUCUAUAUCCAAAUUUGCUCCAUUUUUUGUUUCGGGCAACAUCGUAUCACUACUGUAAAUGUAUGGUUAUAAUAAUGAAGUAUACUUUAUAAACAUGCAAACGAUACCAUUGUUUUGAAUUAUGUGUAGUGAUGAACAGCACUUUUUGAACCUUGAUAUCCAUUUUCAAAUGAAAACCCACUGUGAAAUAUUUGUUUCAUCGCAUGAUCAUUUUUGUGUUUAAAACAUUGUAUGACUUAUUUUCUACUUUGAUAAGGAUGUCAAAUCAAAUAAAUCUUCCAUUCUCUU